CUCAAUCUCUUCACCCAGUCCAACCCGCGCAUUGCAGAGUCCCACAGUUUUAACAGCAUCCUGAAUCAACCCACUCGCUAUCAGGUAAGGUGACCUCUCCAUCAGUCUAAAAUAUCAUAUUCAUAUCAUAAAAUAAUCAUAUUAUUAACAUAAUAGCAUAUAGGCCUACAUUUUUGACAUUUUCCUUUCUUGUUACAGCAAAUCAUGAAAAGACUCAUCAAACGCUACGUGUUGAAAGCACAAGUGGACAAAGAAAACGACGAGGUCAAUGAAGGUAAUCUUACAUCUUAACUUUUACUUUGAAGUACCUCAUCUGAAAUUGUCUUUGAGAAUCUGUUGCAGUGUUGUUACACAAUACCACAAAUAAAAAAUUCUCUGGGGGAGGAAGAGGUCUGCAAACUGGGCGAAUUCCACAGGGUUCUCAUUGGCGUUUGAAGCUAAAAUAAACCGUGCUAACUGCAUUGUGCACUUAAAAAGAUAUUGAAUUAUGGAGAGUAGAUCAGUUUAACAUUGUCAUGCAGUGAAUAUUGCAUUUGAAAACACUUAAACUGAAUUCUUCAAUACAAACCACUUGAACAUAAAUUACAUUAUUUCUCCACACAUUACUUUGCAGGUGAGCUGAAAGAAAUCAAGCAGGACAUCUCCAGUCUACGGUACGAACUCCUGGAAGACAAGUCUCGGGCUACAGAGGAGCUGUCCUUUCUUAUCCAGAAACUGAGUGAGAAACUGAAGCUAGGCCCUACAACACGCUUCUACGAGUGA